UCGUGCACGAUCUUAAAGCGCGUCAUUUCCACCGAUGCAACUGGAGGAACUGUUUUUUUUCUUCCUCUCCAAUGUCCGGUUUUGCGAGAGGUGGUCUUUGUCGCUAUGCUUGCUGAUUUUUAAGAAGUUUUCCACCCAAGGAGCUGAGCUUGUCUGUAAUUUGAGACGCCUUGAAAUGCGCUGUGUUUGUUUUCGGCUGCUGGCGCAUUUUCUAAGAAACUGUCAGUACCUGAUAGCACGCUGUUCGCUGUCUCCCUCUCUCUCUCUCUGCCAGUGUGUGUGUGUGUUGUGUGUGUGUGUGUGUGUGUGUGUAACCUCUCUCUGUCUCCCAUCGAGGAAGGAACAACACGAAGGUGCCGCGCGAGCCUGAGUAGGCUACAUAUUAACAACUUUUUUCCCCCGAGAAAGCCUCACGCGCAAGAGAAAGCCUCGCGGGCAAGAGAAAGCCUCCAGUGCCUGCCUGCCGCAUUCGCUAGUUUCAGGUGACUCCGUCCGUAACCACAUUCGUAAAUUAUUAUUUAGUUUUGACGGAGAAGUCUGUCGCGACAGGUCGUGGAACAUCACACUUUCGACCGCGUAAACAGAGAGCAGUCGUGACCUCUUCUCACUUUCGACUGCGUAAACAGAGACCCUUCGUGUCUCUUCUCGUCCCCCUCUUCCCAAGUUUCGGCGAUAAACCUGCCACCGUAAGAAGGAAGAUAUGCCGGCAUAUCACCAUCACUUCAUUUAAGAGGAUGGAGGUGCGUUGGCUCCCCCCGUGGACGUGCUCCCUGAUGCUGGGCCUCUUGUGCGCCGCUCCGCCGCCGGGGGAGGGGGGGGGGGGCCGUCGUGUGAAUGUCACUCUGGCGGCCAUCUUGCCCAAGAACAACACAGACUACGCGUGGGCGUGGCCUCGCGUGGCGCCUGCUCUGACUCGAGCGCUGGAGCGCGUGAACUCCGACCCCGCCCUGUUGCCGGGACACCGCCUGUCCCUCGUCUUCAACGGGAGCGACACCAAGGAGGGUCAGUGCUCCGAGUCGGUGGCCCCGCGGGCGGCCGUCGACCUCCGGCUGUCCCACAACCCCUGGGCCUUCAUCGGCCCGGGCUGCGACUACGCCGCCGCCCAGGUGGCGCGCUUCACCAGCCACUGGCACGUUCCCAUGGUGACCGCCGGCGCGGCAGCCAUUGCGUUUGAGGAGUAUACCUCCAUCACCAACACAGGGCCCACGUACAAGAAGCUGGGGGAGUUUGUGGUGAGGAUGCACCAGUACUUCGGGUGGCGGCACGCCAUGCUGGUGUACCACGACAACAUGAACGACGACAGGCCCUGCUACUUCACCGCGGAGGGACCCUACACCGAGAUGGCGAAGGAGAAUAUCACCACCAAAGAGCUGGCCUUCAACGAGAACCACCACACCGUGGACUACAAGGACAUCAUGACCAGCAUCAGCAACCAGGGCCGUGUGGUGUACCUGUGCUGUUCGAGGGAGGCCUUCAGGAGGCUGAUGCUGGUGUUCUGGAGGGAGGGCUUCCCUCAGGACCAGUUCGUCUUCUUCUACAUCGACCUCUUCGCCGGCAGCCUGGAGAGCUCCGCCCACAGGCCCUGGGCCAGAGGAGACGCAGACGACCCCGAUGCACUCAGGGCCUUUAGAAGUGUGAAGAUCCUGACGUAUAGAGAACCACAGAACCCCGAGUACAGAACGUUUGUGGACACGCUGAAGUCAGACGCCCAAAGCAUGUUCAACCUCACACUGGAGGAUUCUCUGAUGAACGUGAUUUCUGGAAGCUUCUAUGACGGUGUGAUGCUGUACGCCCUGGCGCUCAAUGAGACUCUGAGUGACGCCCCCGGAGGAGAAAGACCAGACGGAGAAAACGUCACCCAGAGGAUGUGGAACCGUGCCUACAACGGAGUGACAGGGCUACUGCAGAUUGAUGAGGUUGGAAAUCGAGAGAUGGACUUCGCCCUGUGGGACAUGACCAACUACUCCACUGGAGUUUAUGAGAUGGUGUGUGUAUAUAACGGCAGUCAGAAGCAGAUGGAGGCGGUGGAGGGCACGAGGGUCCAGUGGCCGGGGGGGUCGCCCCCCAGUGAUGUUCCCGUCUGCGGCUUCAAGAACGAUGACCCCUCCUGCCUCGCAAAGACGGUUACCAUGUGGCAGAUGAUCUCAAUCGUGGUGUGCUUCGUCCUCUUCAUCAUUAUUACUGUUACAGUGUUCAUCUACAGGAAGCUGAAGUUAGAGAGUGAGUUGGCCGCCCAGCUGUGGAGGGUUCAGUGGGAGCACAUUCAGAUGAGUAACCUGGAGAAGGCACUGCGCCGUGCGUGUAGCAAACUCACACUAUCACUGAGAGGCUCCAACUACGGUUCUCUUCUCACCAUGGAGGGAAACUUCCAGAUCUACACCAAAACUGGCUAUUAUAAGGGCAACAUAGCAGCCAUUAAAUAUGUCAACAAGAAGCGCAUUGAGCUGACCAGGAAUGUGCUCUUUGAGCUUAAACAUAUGCGUGAUGUCCAGAAUGAACACCUGACCCGUUUCAUUGGAGCCUGCAUUGAUCCUCCCAACAUCUGCAUUAUCACAGAGUACUGCCCCCGCGGGAGUCUACAGGAUCUGAUGGAGAGUGACAGUAUCACCUUAGACUGGAUGUUUCGGUACUCUCUCAUCAGUGAUGUCGUUAAGGGCAUGGCCUUCCUCCACAACAGUGUGAUUGGUUGCCAUGGCCACCUGAAGUCCUCCAACUGUGUCGUGGACAGUCGAUUCGUUCUGAAGAUCACUGACUACGGGCUGCCCAGCUUCUACAAGGACACGAGCACCGAGGAUACAUACGCCUUUUAUGCCUGUAGGUUGUGGACGGCCCCUGAGCUCCUGCGUGCGGCCCCCACACACACACACACCCCGUGUGGCAGUCAGAAGGGGGACGUCUACAGCUUCUCCAUCAUCCUGCAGGAGCUGGCGCUGCUCAAGGGCACAUUCUACCUGGAAGGACCCGCCCUCAGCCCCAAAGAGAUCCUUGAGAGGGUGACUGUGGGAGAGUGGCCUCACUUGCGCCCCCUGCUGUGUGCUCAGAGUCACAGCGAGGAACUGGGCCAGCUGAUGCAGCGCUGCUGGGCGGAGGAGCCCGCGGACCGACCCGACUUCAGCCAGAUCAAAGUGCUGCUGCGCAAGAACAACAGGGGCUAUGGUUCCAACAUCCUGGAUAACCUGCUGUCUCGUAUGGAGCAGUACGCCAACAACCUGGAGGAGCUGGUGGAGGAGCGCACUCAAGCCUACCACGAGGAGAAGCGCAAGGCUGAAGCACUACUGUACCAGAUACUACCACAGGUGUGUGCAUUCUCACGUCUGUGUGUGUGUGUGUGUGUGUGUGUUUCAUGGCCCACAGGCCCUGUGUGUGCCGGAGUGGUGGGACUGAAGAUGCCUCGGUACUGUCUGUUUGGAGACACAGUGAACACAGCAUCACGCAUGGAGUCCAACGGAGAAGCGCUGAAGAUCCAUGUGUCUGAGGCGACGGCUUCCAUCCUGGAGGGGUCGAGCUGCUUCCAGCUGGAGCUGAGAGGAGAGGUGGACGUGAAGGGGAAGGGGCGCGUGAGGACGUACUGGCUUCUGGGAGAGAACACCUCCAACACCACCUAACACACACACACACACACACACACACACACACAUCCUGGAGGGGUCGAGCUGCUUCCAGCUGGAGCUGAGAGGAGAGGUGGACGUGAAGGGGAAGGGCCGCGUGAGGACGUACUGGCUUCUGGGAGAGAACAGCUCCAACACCACCUCACACACCUAACACACACACACACACACACACACACACACACACA